AUGGCAAGCGUAGGGUCGUUGCCUCAGCAGCAAGACGGCUGCUCCGGCUCUGCAGGCGGAGGGAAGUCGAGUGCUCAGGAGAUGCAGCGGCAUUUAUUCCACUUUCUUGGGGCGAUACCGGUAACCACGUGGAAGGUUGGACGUCAGCAUCAGGUGGAGAUUUACAGACGUGGCAGCAAUCGGAAAGUACAACUACUAGGCGAUCGAGUCAUUCGAUUCGUGAACGAUGUCAGUGUGUUGGAGGAUAUCAGAGGAGACGACCUUGCAAGCAGGACACGCUUAGUUGGGCGUCGUGGAGGAGGAUAA